GCUCUUUGAAGGCUGGGCUGAGGUGUUUAUCAAAAUGUUACAGCUGGAUGAAUUUAAAAUUGACAGUUCCCUACAGAGAUUCUCUGGGCUCAACUCAGCUGAAGAGCUGAACAAUUACAGAGACCAGGUCUUGUACAGCAGAGAGGUUGCAUCUGUUGUAAGCGAGGUGGGGAAUGUUCUAGGUGGGCUCAGCUCCGUGCCUCAUGCUGUCGGACUGGGAGCUCUCAUCAUUUCCUUGGCCUUAGACGUGGUCGCCAAAAGCCUAAACAAAGAAACCAUGGGCACAGCUGAAAUGUUAGAGAGGGUGUUUGCACAGGAGAAGGCCAAGGAGGUGCGAGAUCUGAUGCACGAGUAUUUGAAGCGUAUGCAGAUCAACCUGAGAAACUCACCGCUUCAACUCUCUGACACCCGUCAAAGUGAGAUUGCUCUUAGUGCCCAGCUCACACGGCUAAAGAACUCCAUGCUGAUAGAUGAACAUAUGGACACUCAGUUUCUGAAGCAGUGGGUGAAUGGAGCUGCCUUCCACACACAGAUGCUGAUCCAUCAGGCUCGUCUAGAAAGUGCAGGAGAACCUGAUGGAUCCAGAGCCGUGCGUGCGGCAGGGAUUUAUCAGCAGGACAUGAACCUUCUGAUGGAGAAAUUCAAGACCUUGAUUAGAAAUCGUGAUGAUUCAAAUAUUGCCAAUAAGGUAAUAGAGGUUCUGUUUUCUAAACCUCAGAUUACCUGGACGAGGGAUUAUUUUUCAAAACUGCAAAGAAAUAUUCCAGCUCUUGUGAGGCAAAAUUCUGUCUUUGAUAUCCAAACCUGAUACUGAGCCACAAAUAAGAAAAGUAAAAAGUACAUUUUAAACAACUGAAACAAGUGAUUUUUUUUGUGGCUAGUACAGUUAUGUAAGGGUCCAGUCUGAUCUACGGGCCUGGGAAUCCAGUCAAGGAAAAUAAAUUUUUUAUCUUGGCCAGUGCUCUGACCAAGAAAAUCAGUCAUCAGUCAGUUGGUCUUCCCAAUUCUUCAUAGUCACUGCAAUUUACUGUGCUUGUGUGUUUGGUUUAGUUUG